UUCAGAAGCAGCACCAGCAGCAGCAGCAGCAGCGGAAGAAGAGGAACGAUGCUGGGUUUCGCUUGUGCGUCUCGCUUCCACCCUCCAAUUCCACAAGUUCCGUCGCCUCCUCUCGCAACCGCCCGCCGCAAUCUCGCCUUCCCAUCUUCCCUUUUCAGAGCCCCAGUCUCCACCCACGAAAACCCAUCAAGAUUCGCCGUCUUCGCCGGCGACGGCGACGUUCGCAACCAAGAACCGGGGAGCGUGGAGCGGCGAGAGAACGGGCCCGAUGGAGGAGCGGGGGGCGACGGCGGCGGCGACGGCGACGUGAAGAGCGAACGGCGGCGGCCGCCCGUGUUCAAUCUGAGGCUGGGGGAUCUGCUGGACCCGGACCCGGACAACAUCCUGGCGGUGGGGCUGACGGGUCUGCUGGCGUGGGCGAGCGUGCAGGUGCUGUGGCAGCUCUGCUUCAUCUCGGCCGCCAUCCUGGUGGCCGCCCUCAAGUACUCCUUCAUCGCCGCGCUGCUGCUUGUCAUCCUCAUCACCCUUCUGUGACCCGAGCGAGCGAGCGAGCAAAACUCAAGCGUCGUCCAAGGCAGAACUGUACAUCAUAAGUUCUCUUUGCUUGAUCUCUUUGCUUGUGUUACGACAGGAUCAUUAUGCAAAUCUAGGUUUGGAUGUUUGAGUCAAUGGGGGGGGGUCAACGAAAUUGGGCUGGCUUUUUGCCUUUGGAUGACAGAGCGAAACUCUGUGCCAUGGCUAACAGGUCUUCUUACCUCCACCGGUGAUCAGAGAUGCCUGUUUCGAAUUGGCACUUGCCCGCAAUCAUUACGAGUGGUUUCGAAAUCGAAAUGGAAGUUCUUUUAACAUCUCA